AAGAGGAAGUGUGGUCAGGCUGAUGCCUGCUGCCUGUAAGGGUGAGUGAGGGUAUGUGGGCGAGCAAGGCCUCACCCAGCCGUGCUUCAGUACAGCCCUCAGUCCACUGCUGUCGUCCCAGCUGCUCGCAUCGACACCCCGGCAGUCCGGGCUUCCACAGCAAUGAGUUGGUGGAGGGACAAUUUCUGGAUCAUCUUAGCUGUGGCCAUCGUCGUUGUCUCCUUGGUCCUGGGUCUCAUCCUGUACUGUGUCUACAGGAGACAGUUUAGACAAGACAAGAAAUGGGCGAUUGCCAAGCCCUCGAAACACGAUGGAAGAGAUGAAGAGAUGUAUGAGAAUAUUCAUAAUUCCUUUUCAGGGCACUUACCUGCUCUGCCCCCCAGAGGCUCGCCUUUUCCAGGAGACCCUGCCCCACAGGAAGCUCCAAACCAACCACUGGCUUGGUACUCAUCAGUGAGGAAAGUUAGAAACAAGAAGAUCUUUUCCAUCUCGAGCUCCGAAAAUGACUACGAUGAUGUUGAGAUCCCAGCAAGCACUGAAAACCAGCAUUCUAAAACAACCACGCCUUCUUGGCAAGCUGAAAAGGGCUUACACAGCUCGUUUUAGAAUAAUCUAGAAUGGAGCCGGGCAUUGGUGGCGCAUGCCUUUAAUCCCAGCACUCGGGAGGCAGAGGGAGGCAGAUCUCUGUGAGUUCGAAGCCAGCCUGGUCUACAGAGUGAGUUCCAGGACAGCCUCAAAAACAAUACAGAGAAACCCUGUCUCGAAAAACCAAAAAAAAAAAAAAAAAAAGAAUAAUCUAGAAUGGUUGGACUGUAACACAGCACUUCCCAAAUCCUGGAGGAAGCCACCUCAGCUAUGUGAGAGCUACAACAGAGGACAGAACAGCUUGAUGCUCCCAAUACUCCAGAUGUUCACGAUGUUCCAAAUGCCCUGAUGUUCCGGAUGUUCCUGCUGCUCCAGAUGUUCCUGAUGUUACCAAUGCUCCAAGUGCCCUGAUGUUCCAGAUGUCCCUGCUGCUCCAGAUGUCCCCAGUGCUCUAAAUGCCCUGCUGCUCCAGAUGUUCCUGCUGCUCCAGAUGUUCCUGCUGCUCCAGAUGUUCCUGCUGCUCCAGAUGCUCCUGGUGUCUGAUAUUCCAAAUUUCUGGCCUGAGACUUGGAAGGUCUAGCCCUUGCAUGUCUGUGGAGGAAGUUUCCUUAAUGUGGACCACUGGGCCUGUGAGAAUUGACUCAUUUCCCCAUUUUCUCCCUGUGUUCCCUUGGUAAAUGUGGCUCUGAGGGAUCUUAAGACUUUUUGUUUGGUUUGGUUUAGUUUUUCAAAACAGAGUUUCUCUGUGGCUUUGGAACUCACUCUGUAGACCAGGCUGGUCUUGAACUCACAGAGAUCCACCUGCCUCUGCCUCCCGAGUGCUGGGAUUAAAGGAGUGCACCACCACCGCACUGCUGGAUCUUAAGUCUUGGUAUUUGAUUGUGUGGAGCCUACAUCCCUAUCUAGGCCAUGGCUUAAGGAUGCCUGUCUCCCUCCUUCCAGGCCCCACCCACUCCUGCACCUCUUAGAGGCUGUGGCUUGUCAUUAUAGCUGAGGCUUCUUGAGGUGUGCAGGUCACCACACUCUGAGAGACGCUUUGUUCUUUGAAGCCACCCACCCACUCACGCUCCAACCCCUAGUACCAAACCCAUCAAAAAGAAUCAAGUUCUUAUACGAGCUUAUUUCCUGUGUUUUUAGACGUGUUUUUAACAAUCAAUAAAAGACACAGGUGGCCUUCUGA